CACAUACAGACGAGUCCAGUACAAAACAUACAGAAACCCAAAGCUUCCUUCUUGACAGAGACACAGACCCAAUUGGGUUGCAAUUUCAUAAUCCAUCCCAGAAGGAAAUGAAAACCCUCUUCGUUAAUCUGCAAUUCCAUCUCUGAUUGGUGAUUUGAAUCUCUUGGGUUUGCUAAAGUUUCGAUCUUUGUCGAAAAAAGACUGGGAAUUUGGAGCGCGGGGGAAUCGAUUUAGGAGUUAGGGUUUUUGCGAAUUGAGAAAUGAAGGUGAACGGAGAUGAAGGUGAGGACAAGCUCACCAAGGAAAUUGAACAAGUUGAAGAAUCGGGUUCGGUUGUUCCAACCAAGCUCGUAGUUGGGUACGCCUUAACUUCAAAGAAGAAGAAGAGCUUCAUGCAGCCUAAACUUGUUGGAUUGGCUCGGAAUAAGGGUAUAUCCUUCAUUGCAAUUGAUCCAAAUCGGACACUUUCAGAUCAAGGUCCGUUUGAUGUUGUUUUGCAUAAGUUGCCAGGAAGAGAGUGGUGCGAGGUUAUAGAGGAAUACAGGCAAAAACAUCCGGAAGUAACUGUCCUCGAUCCGCCAAAUGCGGUACAACAUCUUCACAAUCGCCAGUCCAUGCUUCAAGAUGUGGCAGAUCUAAACUUGUCUGACUCCCAUGGAACGGUUUGUGUUCCAAAACAAUUGACUAUCACAAAAGAUCCAUCAUCUAUUCCUAAUGAAGUAGCUAAAGCUGGGCUAAAAUUGCCACUAGUUGUUAAGCCACUAUUGGUGGAUGGUAGCGCCAAGUCACAUGAACUGUUUCUUGCUUAUGACCAAUGCUCCCUCUCAGAACUUGAACCUCCCCUGGUCCUGCAGGAGUUUGUAAAUCAUGGUGGUGUCCUCUUUAAAAUAUAUAUUGUCGGGGAAGCCAUAAAGGUUGUAAGGCGUUUCUCUCUCCCUAAUAUCAGUAAACGUGAACUAGAAAAACUUGCUGGUGUUUUCCGUUUCCCAAGGGUUUCAUGUGCGGCAGCUUCAGCAGAUGAUGCAGACCUGGACCCUAGUAUUGCUGAACUACCUCAACGACCUUUGCUAGAGAGGCUUGCAAGGGAGCUCCGUCAACGAUUGGGACUCCGGCUAUUCAAUGUAGAUAUGAUCCGAGAGUACGGGACAAAGGAUGUCUUUUAUGUCAUCGACAUCAACUACUUUCCUGGGUACGGGAAAAUGCCCGAGUAUGAACACAUCUUCACAGAUUUUCUACUAAGCCUUCCGCAGAUCAUGUACAAGAAGAGACCUGCUACUUAACCACCGCAAGUACCCAGAGCUGUAGGUCACGUAGAAUGAUGAACUGUCAUAUGUAGUUUUAACUAGUGUAAGAUUACUGAUAGGUUAGACUCUGGUGAUUGCUCAAGUCACAAGCAUGUACAGAAUGUUCUUGCUAUCUAAGGCCUAUAAAUCUCUUCUGUAUGUGUACACGUGAACUUUCCAUUUCAACAAAUCAUCACGUCCAAUAAAUCAUUGACAAAAUUUUCUCUUCUUGUA